UUUCCUAUCAAUCAAAAAUACUUGAAUUCUUUAAAUAGAAAAAUUACACACUUGAAUACCGCAGGAGUCUAUAAUAUUUAAAAGGUAAUGUCAUCGAUCAGUUAAUUAGUUUCAUCAAUUUGAAUUUGUUUCCUUAAAAAAGAAAUCAUUUUGAAUUUGUUUUAGAUAACUGCUCAUUAGUUGUUAAAUGUCUUAAUAUCGCAGGAGUCCAUAAUAUUUAAAGGAUAACUACUCAUUAGUUUUUAAAUAUAUUACAAAAAAUUAAUAUAAAACAGAUAUAUAACCAUAUCUCAACAAAGAACGUGAAAAUUACAGCAUUACUGGUAACAAACAAUGUAAACUGAAUUUGCCAGCUCAAAUAUCCAUAAUAACUUGUAUGUCAUUCAGGCAAAGAAUCAUUAUCAUUAUUAUUUAAAUGAAAGAUGAAGAAAAUGAAUUAGCAUAAGAAAAUAUUGACAUAGAAAUGGCUACAUGUUAUAAUGUAACUCUUAGUGCUUCAAACAAUAUCUGGAUGACUGAUGAUGUUAUGAUAAAACGUGUUCCUCUUUUGUGUCUCCAAAUUGCUUAUAAUCUUUUGGUUUCUCGUUUUCUCUUCUUCAUCCUCAAGCCUCUUCAUGUGCCUCUCAUUGUUGCACAAAUGUUGGUAAGCAUAUUCAUAAUUUGAAUCAUCAAUAUACAUGACAUUUAUCUUUUUCUGUAUAUACAUAUUUACAAGUUUUAAUAAAAUUUAUUUGUUUUUUUUUUAAUAUAAAGAAUGUGUUGUCAAUUCGAGUUGGCACGAGUAAUUAAAAAACUCAUUUAGAGACUUUAGUUUCUUAAGAGUGAGCGUUUGAAUCUGCCUGAAGUUGUUAAAAUCUCUUUAGGUGCUCAAUCCUUUUCGAAGAGAAAAUUAGAAACAUUAUAUUGAUGUGAGCGAACUGUAAUCAGAUCCAUUGACUAAGGUUUUGGUAGUGAAUUUUAUAGAUAGGAAGAAAAAAAAUGCUAUACACUAAAGUUGGCAUCUAGGUUCUCUGACGUAGAUUAAUGAUGGGCGAAGUUAAUUGGUCAAUGUUUUGUACCCAAAACAUUGUAUCUAAAAAAUGUCCUCCUCGAGGAGAUUUCUUGGCAUCUAGGGUUUAUUCAGGAGCUACAACCGUGCGAAACUGUUUGCAGUUUUGGCGUGUAUAAUAAUCCCAUGGGAUUCUUGCUAGUUUCAACCCCUGCAUGUCAUCGGUAAUGUCAGAAUAUUUAUUUGUAUUAAAUUAUUUGUCAUUUUAUUUAUUACUUUUAUUUUUCGAAUGUUACCCUUAUUUAUUAAAGUACUUGCAAGUAUAUGGCUGACAAAUAAUACAUGAAGUGCAAAGAUAUUCUAGUCUCAACAUAAUAGUUUCCAUUGAAAAUUGGCUUAAGUAAUCAUAUUCUUAAGAAGCGUGCCCAUCUCAAAUGAGACACAUAACAUGAGACACAAGGAGUAAUUAGUCACAAGGAAUUUCAACAUUAAGAAAUACAAGAAUUUCUGAACUUUUCUUUUAUGCAGACUGGUUUUUCUGUUAGUCGAAGUCUCUUGGGAUAUUUCGAGGGGGUAAUUACCUUGUUUUACAAUCCACGUGGAAUCCUAGCUGUUGAAACCAUUUCAAACUUGGGAAUUAUGUACUAUGUUUUCCUAAGUGGUUUAGAGAUGAAUUCAGACACCAUCUUAAGAUCAAGAAAGAAAGGCACUAGCAUGGCAAUUGCUGGCAUUGUGACAUCAAUGUUAUUUGGUGUUGGAUUUCUUACUCUGCAACAAAAACUUCUAGAUAAAAAAGAAAAAACUCAUAUUAAAGCUUAUCUAUUUUGGUGUUUAACACUUUCUGUCACAGGCUUCCCCGUCCUUGCUAGAAUUCUUGCUAAGCUUAAGCUUUUGUAUACAAAGCUUGGAAAGGAUACAUUAACAGCAGCUAUGUUAACUGAUGCAUAUGGUUGGGUUUUGUUUACAUUGUUGAUUCCUGCUGCUAAUAAUUGGGGAGAAGGUUAUUAUCUCUCAGUAAUCACUACCUUUUUGUUCAUAGCUUUUUGUUUUACUGUGGUGAGACCUAUCCUUACUCCAAUCAUUGAAAACCGAACAAAUAAGAACAUGUGGCGCAAGUCACAUAUGUUGGACGUAUUUAUAGGAUUGUUUAUUUUUUCGUAUAUUACGGAUUUUCUUGGUACGCAUCCUAUUGUCGGAGCUUUUGUGUUCGGAUUGAUUUUGCCUCAUGGAAAGUUUGCUGAUAUGGUUAUGGAAAUGUCAGAUGACUUUGUUACUGGUAUUCUGUGUCCUGUUUACUUUUCUGGAUUUGGUUUUAAACUCGACUUGCCAGUACUUUGGAACACACCAAAUUCAGUUUUAAUGAUGCUUAUUAUGGUUUCGUUAUGCAUACCAAAAGUUUUGAGCUCUUUGAUUGUCACUUUCUUCUUCGGUAUGCCUGCUCGAGAUGGCCUUUCCAUUGGUUUGCUUCUCAACACCAAGGGCGUCAUGGCCGUCAUACUACAAAAUGUUGCUUGGGACAAACGGUUUUUGGAUCCAUGUUCUUUCAUGGUUAUGACGCUUGCUAUUAUAUUGAUGACAGUGAUAGUCUCUCCCUUAAUAAAUGCCAUAUACAAACCAAAAUUCCGAUUCAUGCAAUCGCAAUUAAGAACCGUGCAAAAGCUGAGGUUUGAUAUGGAGCUUCGAGUCGUCGCUUGUGUCCACAAUGCUAAACAUGCCACUAACAUGAUCCAUGUCCUUGAAGCCACAAAUGCUACCAGAAUUUCACCGGUACAUGUCUCUGCAGUUCACCUUCUUGAACUCACUAGACAUGGCACUGCUAUUCUUGUUUCCCAGAUGGCUGAUUUAAACAACAUAGCAGGCGCAGAAACAACCAACUAUGGCCCAAAAGCAGAGUUUGAGAUCAUAACUACUGCAUUUAAAGAAUUUGUAGAACAAUACAAUGCUGUUAGGUUUGACACAUCAAGUGUUGUCUCAUCCUAUACAACAAUCCAUGAGGACAUCUACAACGUAGCCGAAGAGAAACGCGCAAGCCUAAUUCUCCUUCCCUUUCACAAAGAGUACUCAACGGUAGGAGGUUCUCCAGAAAUAAGCCGCAAUGAACAUUGUGAGAUAAACGAAAAUGUUCUUCAACACGCACCUUGUUCUGUAGGGAUCUUUGUGGACCGCGGACUAGGAUCGUUGUUAAAAACAAAAAUGCGCAUUAUAACCCUCUUCAUUGGAGGACCUGAUGACCGUGAAGCCUUGUCUAUCGCAUGGAGAAUGGCAGGGCAUUCAGGAACACAAUUACAUGUUGUGAGGAUCCAUUUGUUAGGUAAGGCUGCAGAAGAAAAGGUAUUGAAAAAGAAAAUAAGCAAGUCUCCUCAUGGAAUGUUGUCGACUGUUAUGGACGGUGUGAUGCAGAAAGAGUUGGAUGAAGAGUAUAUAUUUUCCUUCAGGCACAAGGCAGUGAAUAAUAAUGAUUCAAUUGUUUACUCAGAAAAAGAAGUGCAUUCGGCUACCGGCGAAGAGAUUCCAAUACUUCUUAAUGAGAUUGAUAAACCUGGAUAUGAUUUGUACAUUGUUGGACAAGGCAGUGGUAAGAACACGACGAUCUUUUCGAAGUUGUUGGAGUGGUGUGACCAUCCUGAACUUGGUGUUAUAGGUGACAUAUUAGCUUCAACUAGCUUUGGUACACACUCUUCUGUGCUUAUUGUGCAGCAGUAUAUGGUUGGGAGAAAACGUGUUGUUUAUAAAUGUCAUGAUGAAUUGAAAAAUAGUCCUGAAGUAUUGUAAAUGAUAGAUCAAUUAAUAGUAAUUGUUGGGAAGAUUUCUUUUACUAGAUUUUUAUUUUUGACAAGAUAUAGUACUAGAUUGGAUAUCACGGAUUGAUGAAUAUCAUGUAUAUUGUAACAAUUUAUGUUCAUUUUUGUAAAUUUGAAGUAUUUAGACUCCA